ACAUGGAACAGUGGAUGACCAUGGAGCAUCUGACUCAGAUACUUGAGGGAAAAGCUCCUUCUUCUCAGGAACCUAGCUUUUCUCAAGAGGGGAACCCAGAAGAGGAGCAAAUGACAAUUCUUUUUCUCAAAACCAGAUCCCAGGAAUCAGUGGCCUUCAAGGAUGUAGCUGUGGACUUCACCCAGGAGGAGUGGGGACAACUGGAUCCUGCUCAGAGGGACUUGUACAGGGAUGUGAUGCUGGAGAAUUAUGGGAACCUGGUCUCACUUGAAUGUGGAAAAGCCUUCCGUUAUCACUCAGAACUUACUCGACAUAGGAGAACUCAUACUGGAGAGAAGCCCUAUGAAUGUAAUGAGUGUGGGAGAGGCUUCAGUCAGAGCUCAUCUCUUACUCUACAUCUGAGAUUUCACACUGGAGAGAAACCCCAUAAAUGUAAUGAAUGUGGGAAAGCAUUCAGGCACACCUCAUCCCUUGUCAAACAUCAGAGAAGUCACACAGGAGAGAAACCUUAUGAAUGCAAUGAAUGUGGGAAGGCCUUCAGCCGGAGUACACACCUUACUGAACAUCAGAGAAUCCAUACAGGGGAAAAACCUUAUAAAUGUAAUGAAUGUGGAAAAACCUUCAGCCGAAGUACACACCUCACUGAACACCAGACAAUUCAUACUAGAGAGAAGCCCUAUAAGUGUAAUGAAUGUGGGCAGGCCUUCAGUCAUACCUCCUCCCUUGUUAAACAUCAGAGAAUUCAUACUGGUGAAAAACCCUAUGAAUGUAAUGAAUGUGGGAAAGCCUUUAGCCGAAGAACACAUCUUACUCAACACCAAACAAUUCAUACUGGGGAAAAACCCUAUGAAUGUAAUGAAUGUGGAAAAGCCUUCAGUCACAUAUUGUUCCUUACAAAACAUCGGAAAAUUCAUACUGAAGAGAAGCCCUAUGAAUGUGAUGAGUGUGGGAAAGCCUUCAGUCAUACAUCAUCCCUUAUUAAGCAUCAGAGAACUCAUACUGGAGAGAAACCCUAUAAAUGUAAUGAAUGUGGGAAAGCAUUUAGCCACACUUCAUCCCUCAAUAAACAUCAGAGAACUCAUACUGGAGAAAAACCCUAUGAAUGUAAUGAGUGUGGGAAAGCCUUCAGCCAGAGCUCAUCUCUUGCACUACACCAGAGUUGUCAUACUGGAGAGAGACCUUAUUCAUGCAGUGAAUGUGGGAAAGCCUUCAGUCAUACUGCAUCCCUUAUUAAGCAUCAGAGAACUCAUACUGGAGAAAAACCCUAUGAAUGUAAUCAGUGUGGGAAAGCCUUCAGCCAGAGCUCAUCCCUUAUUAAACACCAGAGGACUCAUACUGGGGAGAAACCAUAUGGAUGUAAUGAAUGUGGAAAGGCCUUCAGCCAGAGCUCAUCCCUUUUUAAACAUCAAAGGACUCAUAGAAUCAUAAAAUACUAGUGUUGGAAGGACCCAACUCCCUUCUUCAAGGUCACCCAGCUGAUAAAAUGGCAGAGCUAGGACUAAAAGCUAGGUUUCAUUCCUCCCAGUCCUUUGUUCUUUCCAUUAUCCUACACUGCCUCUACCUUAUAAUGUAUGGAAAUGUCAUGAAUUAAAAUAUAUGGUAGAAACAACUCAAGUUUAUAUAGCAUUUAAAGUUUGCAG